AUGAGCAUCGUAUUCGUAUGGGAAUCUCGUGAUUUCUGCCAUAUUUCCGAGGCAGCGAAUACUUUCUGCCUCAGGUCACCUACCCCUCGUCAAACUGGCCGGACCCGAGCAGGCCAUUCGAGUGAAGACGGUCGUCCGUUCGUCCUGCGAGUCUCAAUUGACUCUUCGGAUACCUUCCUCGGGCUCUACAACAAGGUGGAAAGCGAAGGCGCUGCCGACAUCGUACCCUUGGGCAACCUCCGCAACUACACCCAAGAGAAGUCCAACUCUGAACAACCGCCAAUUUUCUUCCGCUUUGCUGCCUACGAAGCCCCUGCGACCUCCCAAGACUACCCAGCGAAUACCUUUGAAACGACCGACUUGGUGCUCAACCUCGCUCCGGGCAAUGCCUCUGGGGAGACGGAACUGGGCGCAUACUACAACCAACGUUUGGUCUCGAGUGCUAGGGUUGCUACAAUCCUCAGUCGCAUUGAUUUCAUGACCGAGUCUAAAUUCCGUGGAGCCAUCCAUGACAUCUUCGCCGAGAAUGCUGAGAAACACCCGGACAGACCAUGUGUGGUCGAGACCAAACCCGGCAGCUUCCCUCACCGCGAGUUUACCUACCGACAAAUCAAUGAGGCAUCGAACAUCCUGGCGCAUCACCUCGUGCAGUCGGGUAUCCAACGGGGAGAGGUUGUCAUGGCCUAUGCGUACCGUGGAGUCGAUCUCAUGGUGGCUGUGAUGGGUAUCCUCAAGGCCGGUGCGACUUUCUUCGUCAUCGACCCUGCUUAUCCGCCCGAGAGACAGAACAUCUAUCUUGAUGUCGCUCGCCCUCGGGCACUCGUUGUUAUUGAGAAGGCUACCCGGGACGCUGGUGAGCUAUCGGAGACGGUUCGCACAUUCAUCCGCGAAAACCUGGAACUUUGGACGGAAGUGCCUGCACUGUCUCUCCGCGAUGAUGGCUCGCUCCUGGGAAGUUCAGUAGAUGGCAAGGACGUCUUCGCUGACCAGGUGUGCUUGAAAUCUAAGCCUGUCGGCGUCGUUGUGGGACCAGACUCUAUUCCUACUCUUUCGUUCACCUCCGGCUCGGAGGGAAGACCCAAGGAUGUACGGGGUCGUCACUUCUCCUUGGCUUAUUACUUCCCAUGGAUGGCCGAAAACUUUAGCCUUUCAAACAAUGACAAGUUCACCAUGCUCAGAGCACCUGUGCAACAAGCUCUCUGCAUCGACAAGCCUGCUCUGCUCUUCCCCGACACUGUUGAGCUCAGUGCUGUGGCCCCGCUCCGCAGGUCGUCUGUGUUGCAAGCCCUUUCUGAGACCGAGCAGGCGCUUGCUCAGAUCUGGGCUUCGCGGAUCCCCAACGUUACGGCUAAUAUGAUCGGACCUGACGACUCGUUCUUCGAUCUGGGAGGCCACAGUAUCCUAGCGCAGCAAAUGUUCUUCGAUCUCCGCCGCAAAUGGCGUGGAAUCAACUUCAACAUGAGCGCUAUUUUCCGUAGCCCCACACUCCGGGGGUUUGCUGCUGAGAUUGGCCAUCUCGUGAACUUUGAACAAUUUGCCAGCAACGACGACAAGGGCACUGCUGGUGCGGCCUCUGGAGCCUCCAACGAGCCCGACGAUGCUUACUCGAAGGACGCCAGGGCGCUGGUCGACUCUCUGCUUGCUUCAUUCCCUGAACGUACCGAGUCGAUCCUCUCCAGCGAACCGAUCAUCUUCCUCAACGGUGCUACUGGUUUCCUGGGAGCACAUAUCCUCCGCGAUCUCCUUACUCGCAAGUCCCCCGAGGCUCGUGUUGUGACCUUUGUCCGCAGCACGUCCGAAGACCAAGCCCUAGAACGUAUCCGCUCCACCUGCCGCGCCUACGGCUUCUGGAACGGUGCCUGGACUAGCAGACUGCAGUGUGUCUGUGGUGACCUUGGCAAACCGCAGUUCGGCCUUUCUGAGUCGCUGUGGGAAAAUCUCACCAACCGUCUGGGUGCCGUGAUUCACAACGGAGCGCUCGUUCACUGGGUGUACCCUUACUCGACUCCCAAGCCGGCUAACGUCCUGGGAACGAUUGAUGCGUUGAAGUUGUGCGGCAGCGGAAAGGCCAAGCAAUUCUGCUUCGUCAGUUCGACCAGUGCCCUGGACAUGGAGCAUUACGUGCAGGAGUCUGAAAAUGCCCUGGUUGCUGGCAAGGCCGGUAUCAGCGAGGAAGAUGAUCUCGAGGGCAGCGCCGUCGGCCUUGGAACCGGCUACGGUCAGAGCAAGUGGGCUGACGAAUACCUUGUCCGCGAGGUUGGUCGUAGAGGAUUGAAGGGAACCAUUGUCCGUCCUGGACACGUGUUGGGUGACUCGACCACAGGAACCACCAACACCGACGACUUCCUCAUCCGCAUGCUCAAGGGCUGCACCCAACUCAACUCCCGUCCCAACAUCAACAACACCGUCAACAUGCUCCCCGUCGACCACGUCGCCCGCGUCAUCGUCGCCUCCGCCUUCCAACCCCCGCGCACUCCCAUCAGCGUCGCCCAAGUCACCGGCCACCCGCGUCUACGGUUCAACCAGUUCCUCGGCGCGCUGCAGUUGUACCGGCAUGAUGAUCCGGGUUCGCAGCAUGCACUGAUGCCGCUCUACCACUUCGUAACCUCCGACCUCCCUUCCAACACCAAAGCCCCCGAACUCGACGACGCCAACGCCGCAGCCGCCCUCCGCGCCGACGCAGCCUGGUCCGGCAUCAACGCCUCCGCCGGCACAGGCGAAGCUUAG